AUGGCGGCAGGGAAAGAUUCUAGCUGGGACGAUAUCAAGAACGAAGGCAUCGAUCUCGAGAAAAUACCUAUCGAGGAGGUGUUUACGCAGCUGAGAUGUACAAGAGAAGGACUCACGAGCGACGAAGGCCAUACUCGUCUCGAGAUCUUUGGUCCUAACAAGCUCGAAGAGAAAAAGGCAAAUACCUUUAAAUAA